AUGGGUCUCUCGCCUGGAUUUACUGUCCUAAUUAUUCUACCGGCCUUUCUGCUGCACACCAGCGGCCUUUACAUCGCCAGUAGCGUUGACUCCCUGCAGCAUGUCCUGGGGGAGUAUGGACUGGUGAGGCCGAUCAGUGUGGACGCAGAGGGCCGCUUCCUGUCACACGCCGUCUCGGCUAGCCGCAUGGCAGGAGGGCAGUCCCGUAGGCGCCGGAAGAGGGAGGUAGGAGUAGGCAAUGAUGAGUGGGAAGGACCAAAAGAAGAGCCUGUGGCCUUACAGGAAAGGCUUUACUACAACGUCACCAUCUUCGGCCGGGAAUUCCACCUGCGUCUGCGCCACAAUGCCAGGCUGGUGGCCCCCGGAGCCAAGAUGGAGUGGCAUGAUGACAGCGACAGCACCCGGCACUCUGAGCCACUGCACGAUGAAUGCUUGUACGUGGGGGACAUCAAAGACGCACCAGGAGCCUCUGUGGCUAUCAGCAACUGUGACGGCCUGGCUGGUAUGAUCAGGAUGGACCAAGAGGAGUUUUUCAUCGAGCCGGUGGAGAGGGGCGACGGAGUGGGAGAAGACGAGGAGGAGGGAGGAGGAGGAAGGACACAUGUCGUCUAUCGCUCCUCAGCCGUAAAGAAAGCGCCCAUCAGCAGCCCGGCGGCAGAGUACCACACCAGAGGUGCUGAUAUCGGCGGUCUGAUGGACCUGGAGUCGCUGUACCGCGGCGUGGAGCAGAGUAUCAACAACACGCGAGCGGGGCGAAUGCGCAGACAGAGCCUGGACAGGGCCUACAACAUCGAGGUGCUGCUGGGCGUCGACGACUCGGUGGUCCAGUUUCACGGGAAGGAGCAUGUCCAAAAGUACCUGCUCACACUCAUGAACAUUGUGAAUGAGAUCUACCAUGACCAGUCUUUGGGAGCAAAGAUCAAUGUGGUGCUGGUGAGGAUUAUCAUGCUGGGCUACGGCAAGUCCAUGAGUCUGAUUGAACUGGGGAACCCGUCUCAGAGUCUGGAGAAUGUCUGUCGCUGGGCCUUCCUGCAGCAGAAGCAGGACACAGGGGACGCGGAGUAUCACGAUCACGCCAUCUUCCUUACACGCCAGGAAUUUGGCCCCACGGGAAUGCAGGGUUACGCCCCGGUGACGGGCAUGUGCCAUCCGGUAAGGAGCUGCACUUUGAACCACGAGGACGGUUUCUCCUCUGCCUUUGUGGUGGCACACGAGACCGGACAUGUGCUGGGGAUGGAGCACGAUGGCCAGGGGAACCGCUGUGGAGACGAGGUGCACAUGGGCAGCAUCAUGGCUCCCCUGGUGCAAGCUGCCUUCCACCGUUUCCACUGGUCCAGAUGUAGCAUGCAAGAGCUGGGACGCUACCUUCAUUCCUAUGACUGUCUCCGUGACGACCCCUUUGACCACAACUGGCCGUCUCUGCCUCAGCUUCCUGGUUUGCACUACUCCAUGAAUGAACAGUGUCGCUUUGACUUUGGGGUGGGCUACACGAUGUGCACCGCGCUACAAAAGGCGGGCCAGUCAGGAACGCAGUAUAGCUCAUUUGACCCAUGCAAGCAGCUGUGGUGUAGCCACCCAGACAAUCCCUUCUUCUGCAAGACCAAGAAAGGACCGCCCAUUGAUGGCACCAUGUGUGGGAAUGGGAAGCACUGCUUUAAAGGUCGCUGCAUGUGGUUGACACCUGACAUCAUAAAGCAAGAUGGAACCUGGGGUAUAUGGAGUGAGUUUGGCCAGUGCUCCCGCACCUGUGGUGGAGGGGUACACUUUCGCACACGCGAGUGUGACAAUCCUAGGCCAGCCAAUGGGGGCCGUACCUGCAUGGGGGCGACUCACCAGUUCCAGAUGUGCAACACCAACGAGUGUGAGGAUAUCUACAGUGACCCGCGAGAGGACCAAUGCCACGCUUGGGACCCCCGCUUUGAAAUCCACAGCAACAAGCAACAAUGGCUGCCUUAUGAGCAUACAGACCCUAACAAACGUUGCCACCUGCAUUGCCAAUCCAAGGAGACACGAGACGUGGUCUUCAUGCAGAGAAUGGUCCUGGACGGCACACGCUGCUCAUACAAGGACCCCCACAGUGUGUGUGUGCGUGGGGAGUGUGAGAAAGUGGGCUGUGACGGUGUGGUUGGCUCCUCAAAGCAGGAGGACAAGUGUGGAGUGUGUGGAGGAGACAGCUCCAGCUGCAAAACCUUCAAAGACACCAUCACACGUACUGCCAAGAAACAAGGUUUCCUCAAAGUUCUUGAAAUCCCCAGAGGAGCGAGACACUUACUGAUCCAUGAGCUGAAAGCAACCUCACACACUUUAGCUGUAAAGAACGUGGCAUCAGGACUGUUCUUCUUGAACGGGGAAAACGAUUACCCAGAAACCCACUCCGUGAUAGAAAAGGGCGUGGAGUGGGAAUAUGAGAACGACAACGACAAGGAGACACUCCAGACCACUGGUCCUCUCAGACAUGGAAUUCUGAUCAUGAUGAAAUUACAUGGAGAUGAGGAUGUGAAUUUGUCUUAUAAGUACAUGAUGAACAUGGACAGUGACUCCGCCAUUCAGAACAACAUGCUGGUGGAGGACAGUGCCUAUGAGUGGGCUCCAAAGAGAUGGUCCUACUGCUCCAAGCCCUGCGGCGGAGGGAGACAGUACCUGCGAUACGGAUGCAGAAGAAAAGUUGACAGUAAGAUGGUCCACAAGAGCUUCUGCAACAAAUCCAACAUGAAACCUAGAGGAGACACCAGAGACUGCAACCAGAAGCCCUGCCCCCCACCCAUUUGGGUGACAGGGGAGUGGCAGAACUGCAGCAAACCAUGUGGAAAGACAGGGAUGCACAUCCGCUCGGUCAGCUGUGUCCAGCCGUCAGACGACAACACCACGCGCUCUAUCCACAAUAAACACUGCAACGAUGACCGGCCCGAGACUCGCAGGUCCUGCAACCGACACCCCUGCCCGACCCAGUGGAGGGUCGGACCGUGGUCGCAGUGCUCAGUGUCAUGUGGUAACGGCACCCAGCAGAGGCAGGCUCUGUGCCACACCAGGGACAACACCAUCGGUCUGUGUCUGGACAGUAAGCCAGACACCAUCAGAGUCUGUCGCCUGGAUCCAUGUCCCAAGGGCUCUUCCGACCUCAACAAGAACGGCAACAUCCUGAUCCAGUGGCUGUCUCGCCCCAACCCCAACUUCCCAAAGAUCUCCUCACGCCAGCGUUGUCAUGGAGACCGCUCUGUUUUCUGUCGUAUGGAAGCGUUGAAGCGCUACUGCUCUCUACCGGAGUACCAGCGCAUGUGCUGCAAGUCCUGCAGCAUUGUCACCAUUACAGAGCCUCCACCCAACUCCUCAUCCACAUCCAUCCCGCCCAGUGCUUCUCCACCCACUCUCAGCUUAGACUUCAACACCAUCCAAUCCACCAAAGCUGCCAUCACCACCAUUUCAGCUUCUAACAUCAAUCCCUGGACCACCACCCAUCCUCCUACCUCUACCACUUCGGUUCCUCAUUCCACCCUUUCCCCACUUAGUGCUACACAAAUGAUCACCACUCAUCCUCCAGCAGCCACCAGUGCUACUGUCCUCCCCACUACAUUUUCCACGGCAACGACCUCAGUUAUCGCAACUUCUCCCAGUAUUACUGAUCAUCCCUUACCUCUGCCUGUCCCAGAUAUAGACGUGGACACAGACCCACAAUCACAGAGCACAACAAAUAGUCCAACAACGUCUGUUAUAACUGCCAUACACCUUCCAGCAACAACCAGUCCAACGAUGACUGAUCCAACAGAAAGCAGUACAAAAACAGACGCCCCAGUAAAAUCCAAGCCCAAAAAGAUUCCGCCAAAGAAAAAACCCAAAAAGGUGAUUCCACCAAAGGUCAAUCCAAAAAAGAAUACUGCACUAAAAAAUACUACAAGAAAAGAUGUUCCACCAAAGAUCAAUGCCAAAAAGGAAACAAGUGAUAUUUCAAAAAAGAAGUCCCCAUGGAACAGCAAUCCCCCCAAAAAUAGAACAGAAAAGACCACUCCAAAAAAGACUUCUCCACCAAACACUACUCCUAAAAAGACUCCCCCUGUAAAGACCACUCCCAAAAAGACUUCUCCACCAAACACUACUCCUAAAAAGACUCCCCAUGUAAAGACCACUCCCAAAAAGACUUCUCCACCAAACACUACUCCUAAAAAGACUCCCCAUGUAAAGACCACUCCCAAAAAGACUUCUCCACCAAACACUACUCCUAAAAAGACUCCCCCUGUAAAGACCACUCCCAAAAAGACUUCUCCACCAAACACUACUCCUAAAAAGACUCCCCCUGUAAAGACCACUCUCAAAAAGACUCCAGUAAAAAAGAAACCCACCCUUAAAAAGGAGGCUUCUCCAAAGGCCAAUCCCAAAAAGAACAUUCAGCCAAAGACAAAAGUUACAAAGAAAAAACAAACACAGACAAAUCCUCAAAAGACCCCAAAACUAGGUCCCAAAAAUGCCAAACAAUUUCAGGCCAAGAGUAACCCAAAAAAGACAACACUUAAAACAAUGCCUUCAUAUUAUACCACAACCCCCACUCCAUAUACAAGUCCAGAAAAACUGAGGGAGUACUUUUCUUCCACUAUCUCAUCCAGCACUAGUGUAUAUGCAACCGCUGCAGGCAUACCUUUGCCUGAAUCCAGGAUCAAUGUUACUUACAUCAAUAACAAAACAGCAAAUAUAGAUGAAACUCCACUGUGGUAUCAUAAUACUUCAACAACAACACCCAGCACUUUUGGUGACUUCAUAACACCGACUGGAACCACUCAUUUUGAAGAACUCAACAUUCCUAGUGGAACCAUACCCUAUAGUGAUGCCACAAUAACCAACAGCGAUGAUGUCACAGUAACCAGCGGAACCAUUCUCAGUGACGAUGACGUCACAAUGUCCUACAGCAACGGGGGAGUGGUUAGUGACACCAUGGUGCUAGAUGACAGCCUCACAAUGGUGAUCCCAACUAUCAAUAGUGAAGAUAUGACGGACCUCGCUUCCUCACCCUGGCUAGACCUCUCUGAGUAUAUCCCUGUGACCAUCCCUGUUCCCACGACAACCUUAGACCCUGCCACAGCCUCACCUCCCACCACCAUUACCCUGACAACAGAAAAAACAACAAUGGCAACCGUCACCAGAUCUCAGCUAAGACCAGAGGAGAACAGUGAGAACAACUCCAUUGACAUCAUAUACAACAGGAUCAUCGGCGUAGACAAUGACAUCUCCCUGAACAAUCUGAUCCCAAAGCGUCGGGUCAACCUCAGAGAGAGAACCAAGAACAAACGCAUUCAGGAGCUUCUGGAGGAGAAGAGGAACUUUCUCCUCCGGAUGAAGAGAGGCCAUGCAGCACGAUAGACCAAGCCUUCUCAUUUCUCUUAUAGAGAUGAACAUUUUCUUUACAGACUUUUUAUACUCUCUGAUAUGCCAUGAUGCU